AUGGAUGCCCAACACCUAUUCCUUGAAAUUUACUCCUUCAUGGAUUGGGUUCUCAUCACCCAACCUUGCAUCUCCUCCAGCAUGGGAGCCAACACUGUUAAUUCAGCCUGGAUGGGCGCUUUCACACACGACAGUGACAUGUGCAACAAGCUCCACAUGGCUGGUGUCCCCAUCUGGUAUGUCCAUACAAUGGCAUACAUACCUGCUAAUAUGAAGGUGAUGAAACCCGUAUUAAUCAUGCAUCCAGAUGACAUUGUCAUCUCGAUGUACGCAGAGGGCAAUAAAAUCUGCCCCUACAACAUCAUCUAUCAUGGUCAAGGUGGCCACCAGCGUCAGCUUCAUGUUCACCACCUAUAUGGUGGCACAACUUUCAAAAAUCCCGAUGGGCCGGUUGCUUCAGCAAGCAGUUUCUCUAUGCCCAGUUCUUCUACACCUGUGUCAUGCUCUAAGCCAUCCGCUGCUGGAAAGGCCCCUCAAAAAAAUGUGAGAGAGGCUCAGCCCACCCAACCAUCCCAGUCAGGCGAAUCCAGGGACAAGUGGAAAGACCCUGAAAGCCCAUAUCUUCCACUGUCUAUCUUAUAUUGGGAUGAUGCCCUCAAAACUUGCACAAAGGAUCCAUCUUGUGUGUAUAUGCCCUAUGUGAUUGAUCAGGGAUACAGAUUCCCUGAACCUGCUCUUCUCCUCGGUCCAAAGCUACUGGAGCACCUGCAAGGUUAUAUUGCCACCUGGCUUGCUUGUCGUCUGUUAUGGAUUGGCCGAGUCAAUCAUGACCCACCACGCAAUUACCCUUUGCCACAGCUCUGGCAUGACUUCCUUGGCAGUGGAUUGACAACCCAAUCACAAGGUGCUGCGCCCAAAGGCAAAGAUCCCGAAAAGAAGGGUCUUAUGGCAGUGGAGAAGUGA